ACCGGCGACCGCACUGAUGGAAGAUGAGGUAGAGAUGGUGAAUAAAGUUCAAGCUCUUGUAAAAUGUGGUGAAAGUGGUGCUUCAAAUGAUUCCACAAGCAACGUCGAAUCUGAUUUUGGUUCGAAGAAAAGAAAAAUUAUGAAAGAAAGAUCAGUGGCUUGGCGACACUUCAGUAAGUUCACUGAUGACGAGGGUGUUAAAAAAGCGAAAUGCAAGUACUGUCCAGAAGAAUAUGUAGCUAACACCAAAAACAGUGGUACAAGCAAUUUGCUAUCACAUCUUCUCAAGUGUCCGAACAAUCCCCACAAGCCGGAGACAAGCCAGACAAAAUUAGCUUUUCAACCGAAAGGUCAAACAGGUGAUGUCUCACUUAUCCCUUGGAAAUUUGAUCAAGAGGCAUGUAGGAGGGCUUUAGCUCGUAUGAUAAUUAUAGAUGAACAACCCUUCAUUUCUGUUGAAAAGGAUGGAUUUAGAGACUUCGUGAGAGCUCUUCAACCUUUAUUUCAUAUUCCAUCUCGUACUACUAUGACUAGAGAUUGUUUUGAGAUUUACCAUGAUGAAAAACUUGCUUUGAAGUCAAUUUUUAAAGAAUCAAAACAGAGAAUUUGUAUUACGACUGAUACAUGGACAUCAAUUCAAAGAAUUAACUAUAUGUGUGUUACAACACAUUACAUUGACAAGAANCAGAGUGUGUCUGUGGAACGAAUAAGACAAGUUGUUAGGUACAUUAGACAAUCUCUAGCAAGAUGGAAGAAGUUUAAAGAAUGUUGUGAUCUCGAUAGGAUAACUUCCAAAAAAUCAUUGUGCUUGGAUGUUCCUACUAGGUGGAACUCCACAUAUUUGAUGUUGAAGGUUGCUACAGUUUAUGAGGAAGCCUUUACAAAAUAUUGUGAUAUUGAUUAUGGUUUGAUGUCAUGUAUUUUUAACUGUAUUUGUGAGGAUGGACAGCCUAUAGGUCCACUUUUAAGUACUGAUUGA